AUGUGUCAUAAUAUUAUUGACGGCAGAUUCCACCUCGAGUGCCAGCACUUCAUCCCUAUGUCUACGCGCACACAAGACUGCCUCCAACCAAACUGCCUCUUCAGCCGUAGGCACGCACACCAAGGAGGUUGCAGGUCUCCAUCCUGCGUCAGGUUAAUGACACCUCCCCAACGAAACCCCAUCCGCAUCAGCGAGACAAAAUGCGCCGACUGCGUGAUGCGGGAACGCACUGGCGCGAUGAGCUGCACCUGA